AUGACUGUUGUAGCACUUUUAGGGGUGGUCGCAUUGUUUUAUUACUUGUAUAAGGCCUUCUUUACUUCUUGGAACAAAACAUUUGAUUAUUCCGAUGAAGAUAAAGAAUUUUGGGAUCAUCGGAUUAGUGAAGCAAUCAAUAAUUGCACAGCAAUUUCAAACUCUGCACGAUUAACAAAGUCUUCUUCAACAUCCGAAAAGGUUUUCAAAGAGCUCGGAAGUGCAUGGUCAGAGGAAGAUCGAAUUAAAUUUGUUGAAAAUAAGAAGAAAAUUCAACUAAAGCAGAAAAAACUUGAUCAUUUGUUCUUGCAGAUCAAAGAGAGAGAAAAACGAAAGGAUGGUCUUGUGAUUAUUAAUGCACGGUAUGGUGUUUUUAAUCCUCCUGAUUUUCGGGCUUUGGUCAAUGUGACAGUUCCACUUCAGUGUUUUGUUAAUUCCAAAUCAUCAACUAUUGUAAUCAAGAAGGAGAUGUCAAUGUCGAGUUUACCUGGUUUUGGAGAUCCAUUAGAGGGUUUUAUCAACAACUACGUGCAACACCUGAACAAAGAGUUACAAGUCAUUUACAGAACAAAUGGGUCACUGAAGAUGAAGACAUUUAUUGAGAAUGAGCAAGGAUUUGAGGUCACCCUUCCUUUUGAGGGACAGUGA